AUGAAGACCAAGAAGAGAUGGAUACCACUAAGCAUGCCUACACGCUUUCGCGAAGAGAAUACACAAGGUACGAAGAAGAAGCCUGACAGAAAACAAAACCAAGAAACCGCGAAAGCCGAGGAGGGAAAGAGAGGGACCUACCCUGAAAAAGAAGAUACAAACAGGAGGCUGCUAGCAACGACAAGAGCCCGCAAUUGGCAGAAGAUUUCCCCAGGAAGGCACCUGGUGCAAAACCCUGCGAAAAACAGAAUCAAUAGCAAUAACGCAACACCAAAUGACAUGAAACCUCCCAAAGAUACUGACCAAGCAACUGGCACUAGAGAAUGGAAAACAUUGAAAAUCGUCUUCCGAAGGAUGAUUAUCCUAGAAACAGCCAGUCACAUGAAUGCAAACAUCAUAGAACUUGUAAGCAUAGGAAAGGCACAGAGCAAGAAGGAACAAGAAGAAGAAAAAGAAGUCAUCCUAAUGACCUGGGAGCCCUAG